GAAGCCGUAACCAUGACAACACUCGGAUUGUAGUGGUGGUGAUGGUGGUGGUAGUGCGUGCGUGCGUGCAAGAGAGCAUCCGGUCAAGCCCAAACAAAACCAAACAUCGUACUUUUCUAUAUAUACUAACCAAGGAAGGCCACAGGAAGAGAAUAUUGAGGUACAGAGGAUUAGGCUGCGUUGUAGUAAGCUUGAAAAAUAACAGUAGUGGCCGUUAUAUUAUUUAGAGAUAAGAUAACAACGGUAUAAGAUUUAAUUUUUAUGUGAGUGAGUGACUAACUGAAAGUGACUGAUCGACUGACUGACCUACCGAGUGAAUGUUUGAGUGGCAGACUGACUCACCGACUGGCUUGCUGACUGACUGACUGACUGAUUGACUGACUAGUUGACUGAAUGACUGACUAUUGCAUAAACAAAUUAUAUUACUACUAUUACUACUACUACUACUACCAUCAUCACCAUCACCACCACCACCAUCACACAAAUUCACCAUCAAAAUCAUUACCACUAUUCUAUUUAUCACAACUAACUACUAUACCCAUUAUCAAACAUUACCAUACCUAUCUAAUUGCUUCUAACAGCCUAAUUGGCCUAUACUACCCAUUUUCCAGCAUCCCGGGGCAUUUCCUUUCCCUUGCCCCGUGCACAGCUGAGCGGAGGCAUGGUGAACGAGGAGCAGGGGCAGAGGGAGGGGGAAGGGGAGGGGGAAGGACCGCUUUCCCCCCACCAGGAGCUAAAAACAGAUGUGGACCGACUCUGUGGCCAGCUGGAGGCGCUGCUGGGGGAGAACAGCGCCCUAGACCACACCCAGCAGCUGCCCGUGACGGAGUUUACGCUCAACCCACGGCGACUGGCAGCGCUCCAAGAUAAGCUGGUGACCAUGGAGCUGAGUGUGGUGCGAGGCGUGGAGAGGAGCAGGCUUGAGAAGUUACUACAAUGCCACUACUUGAAGGAAGCGGCCUGGGACUCAAUGAUCGUCAAAGCUAGAUCUCUAUCGUGUAUCUGCAGCGACGUCAAAGUGAGGAACUACCCAAUAGCAGCACCGGCACCGGGCACGUGGCCAGCUGUGCUAGAAGUUGUGAGCACCAGACUACGAGAGGUGGAGGCGUCGAAGAACAUGGAGACACUGAGCAACAUAGCAAUGAAAGCUGGUGUAUGGAGGAAAACCCUUAUACCUGGAGAGGGCAAGACACCCUCCAACACCACCUCCAGGUCCUUGAUGGGUGAGGGCGCGGUCAAAGGGCUCCUGGAUCUAGACAAAGGGGAUUUCAAGACACCAGCACGCGAGGAGGUGGAGGAGGUGCAAGAUGGGGAGGGGGAGGAAGAGGAGGAGGAGGAAGAGGAGGAUGGGGAGCCUGUUCUUGGGGAGGAUGAGUACAGAAGGCUUUUGUAUCCCCAGGGAGAGUUGACUUGUAGGGGCCGAGUGGAGAAACAGCUGAUUUUGUUGACGUUCCUGACGAGGCGCCUUCGAGAGUCCUUCAACAAGAGGUUCGAUAACGUGCACCAGAGGAAAGAGAAAGUCAUUGAAGAAAUAAAAAGACUCACGAGGAAGAGAAUUCAGCUCAAGGAAGAACUAGCAAGAAUUCGGGAGGAGGGAGAAGCAGGAGGAGGAGGAGGAGAGGGUAGCCUGAGCAGAACCCACAGCAGAGAGGAACAGCAGGAGGAAGAGGAAGAGGAAGAGAAAGGAGAUUAUGAACCUUCUUGGGAGAUUGAAGAAAGACCUGAACUGAUGCUGAGAGUUGAGGAUUCUGAGAUCACGUCAGAGGAGCCUUGGGACGAGGAGUAUCAGCCUUCGCCUUCGUCAGCAGUGCCGCGCCCCUCGCUGCCGCCCUCUCAGUCUCAGGGGCUCGAGACGCCGUCUGAGGGAGACAUUGUGGAAUUCCUCUCAGGGGCGCGGCAGGGCACGGGGAAGCAGGGGAGCAAGGAUGAGGCACACGCUCUUCUGGAGGCGCAGCGGUCGCAGCGGGAGUGGACGUGGGCGGAGGCGCGCGCGUGGCGGGAGUGGCGGGCGGCGCAGGAGGAGGAGGUGCGGCAGAGACGAGCACACCUUACCACGCUUGUCCUGCAGCUGGAGAGAAUCACACCCACUAUUACUAGCCUGCUGCAGGAGUUCGACGGGCAGGUGAUGGCGCUGGUGGACUCCCGCGUGGCCACAGACGAGGCGCUUAUGCUGUACCAGGUGGUGACCUCCAGCCUGCACCGCCGCCUCGUCCGCCAAGACCAGCUGCAGGACACUCUCAGGGGUCUCCAGCAGCAACAGGCACAGGUGGAGGAGAAGGUACAGCAGGCAACGACGGAGGAGUCAAACACGCGGCGGGAGGAGGGGAGGGCGAGGACCCGUCAGGAACGCCUACAGGAGCAACUGAAGGAGGAGGAGGUGGUGUUACGGAGGGCUCUUAUCAAUCUACCCAUAGACCAGUACAAUCACCUGUUGGCCUUGUACAGCAAGAGAGUACAGGGUGGGGGGCGUCACCUGGACCCCUCAAUAGGUAAGGGGGAAGGAGGUGCGUCAGGCCCCCCCACCCCCCUCCGUCUUCCCAGCUACUCCUCCCUCAACAGCCCCUCCAGGAACAGAACUGUCUCUCCCGCCACGCCUGAGAAGUUGAGCGCCGCUGGUCGUGGUUCUGCUCGCCCGUCUCGUCCCCCUAGCAGUACUUCUCACAGUGACGACCUUAGGUCUGUUGAGGAGUCCAUGCCCGAGGGACUGGCAGGAGGCAUCAGAACCUGGAGACUCUUCCUGCGCCACCGUCGCCGCCGUCAGGAGCUGCUGGAGGAGCUGGAUGACGCCGCCGGUAAGAGAGCCUCCGCCACCGCCCACCUGCAGGCCAUGGACGCUCGCAGGACGCAGCUACUGAAGGAGGCGAAGCAGCUGGAGGAGGCCAUCGGGCACACCACGGAGGAGCUGCGGCAGGUGGAUGAGGACGCGGAGAUGGUGCUGGUGCUUCGUGGGCGCCAAGUGAAGGUGGACCUGCUUGCCAUGACCCAGAACCUCAGGCCGGACUUCAUCCACUCCUGUCUGGUGAGGAACGAGGAGCUCAGACGCCUGGAGAACAUGGCCGAGCGGUGUGUUGAGAGUGAGGGAAAGGAAGGCGCGGAGGGCGAAGGGGAAGAGGCGGAGACACUGAGGACACUGCGGGAACAACUACAGCUGGAGGUGGAGUUGGCAAGACAAGAUCUCCAUCACAUCAACACUUUUAAGGUGGGGCGGGACGUGAUCGCGGCGGCAGCGGCAGAGGGGGGCGAGCAGAAGGACCCGUCACACAUGUACGCCUCCCUGCAGCGCCUCCAGCAGCUGCAGGGACAGAGGGCAGAGAGCGCCGCCGUGGCCUCCAGCAAGGUGGAGCGAGAGGUGCGGCGCUCCCGUCGUAGAGUAAAUCACCUGCAGAAGCACGUGGAUGAACUGGCGCGAGAAAUUGAUGAUCUUCAGGCCCAGGUGACGCAAGCCCAGCCCGAGGUGCAUCUAGCCAAGCAGGAAACCAGGCUGCGUCGGGUCAUGGCUUGUAAUGACCUAUCGGCGCAGGUCAGGCAGCGUCACUCCACAAUUCUUGACCUGCAGGCUGAGCUGGAUACGUUAAGACUGCGCACCUUCCCCAUGCUCUCCCGACCCGCACCCCCACCCACCCUCUGACCUCCCCGCUAACACAGGUGUGAUAUAACAGGUGGAAUAUAAUAGGUGAGCUUUGAUAGAGAUAAGUGAAUAGUGAAUUAAUUAACAGGUAAGGGGAUAAGUAAUUAGCAAGACAGGUAAGCGUAGAUAAUAAUAGGUAUAUAGCAAAUUAAUUAGCAGGUGAGUAGAUAGUAUCAAUUAACAGGUGAGGUGAAUAAUUAAUAAGACAGGUAAGCAUAGACGGGGAUAAGUAAAUGAUGAGUCAACAGGUAACCAGAUGAGUAAUUAAUUAGGCAGAUAAGCAUAGAAGAGAAUAAAUAGUGAAUUAGGUAACAAGCAAGUAGAUGGAUAAUUAGUAAGACAGGUGAAUAUAAAAGAAAAUAAGUAUAGUGAAUUGAUUAACAGGUAGGGAGACAAGUAACCGGUAGGGCAGGUAAGCAUACAGAAGAAUGAUUUACUACCGCACUAGUUGACAGGUAAGUAGAGGAGUGAUUAGUAAGGAGGGAUUAAAAGAUAGUGAAUUAUUUGACAGGUAAGACAGCGAGGUAGAAGUAAAGGUAAGUAUGUUAAUGAUGAGAAGAAUGUUGUUUGGUGUUCACUCAAUAAGGAGUAGGUAAAAAAAAAAAAAUAAAAAUAAUAGUUUAAAAAAAAGUAGAUUAUUUAAAAGGUUAAUGAGUAAGUGAUUGAUUCAUUGAUUUCAUUUAUGGCGCCGCAUCAUCGUGGUCAUAUGGCGCCGCUGAAGACGUUCAAAGCAUGCGGCAAAGAUGACAAAUUAAAAGUAUUGAAAUCAAAAACAAAAUUAUGAUAUGGUAAAAAAUAAAUAAAUAAAUAAAUAAAUAAAUAAAAACACACAAAAAAAAUGUGAAUAUAUAAAAUAGGUAGGCAGGUAAGCAGGAAAGCAGGUGUGCAGUAACUUUAAGUGUGGUUAUCAUUUUUUUUUUUUUUUUACUUAUUCUGAACAGAACUAAGAUACACUAUGAUAAAGCUAUUGGUGCAUAACAAAGGGAAAAAUUAAAAUUGUAAAUAGAUAAGUAAAUAGAUAAACAAAGAAAUACACAAAUAAAUUCGAUAUAUCAUAAUUAAACUAAAGCGCAGAAAAGAAAAAAUGAAAAAGAAAAUAAUGAAUGCAUAAAUAAAUAGAUAAAUAAAUAAACACAUAAAUCAUACAUCACGAUUUAACUAAAGCGCAUAAAAAGACGAAUAACAAACAAGUAGAUAAAACAAAUAAACAGAUAGAUAAACAAAGCAAACAAACAUUGUGCAAUCACCAACUGUUAAACACCUGUUAUUUUUUCCUUCUACACACACAUACACACACACACAGACACAAGCCCAAGCCGUCAUCUUACGCAACAAAAAGACAAUAAAACAACUACAUAUGUCAACACAAACGCCUGACAGGACAAACAACACGCUUAAAAUAGCUGAUAAAUCCUUCAUGGGUGCUUUUGAAAACAUCUUAAUCUCUCUCUCUCUCUCUCUCUCUCUCUCUCUCUCUCUCUCUCUCUCUCUCUCUCUCUGUUUCUUCAUCACUCCCUCUCUCCCUCUCCCUCUUCCCAUCACUUCCUCUCCCAAGCAGUGUGGAAAGUCCCUCUCCCUUCACGGCUUUCCCAUUCCAUAUCGUUCACUGUUUUCUUGUUGUCAUGUGGUUCAGGAUAUUACAGUUAGUUCAUUGUUUUCACUUUUACCACUAUUAUCGUUCGUUCAGUGGCAAGGGACUGCGGUAAUAGAUGCAAUACAGCUGGUUCGAUUCCCUCCAUACCCUUAGUUAUUUCUCCGCUCGAAAAUGUCAUGAAAAAUUUCUUCUUACCAUAAGUAUUACUACCACUCUCAUUAUCAUUGUUACGACCACUAAUAAAACCAGUACAAAUAUAAAUACGGAGGAAAUUCACGUGUUUCAACUUACACUACGCACAAACACACACACACACACACACACACACACACACACACACACACGCAUCUGUCGAGAGUGUCCGUGAGAAGGCCAAAAGGUCACACGUAUAUUUUGACACCUGGCUGGACUUCCUCACGUGUUAGGCUCACUCACACCACUUUCUCAUAAACAUCCGUUCAUCAACACCGGCUCCUCCUCCUCCUCCUCCUCCUCCUCCUUUCUCCUCUUCCUCCUCCUACCCCGCCUUCAUUUUCCUAUCGUUAUAGUUUCCUUUUUCCAGAUUUUUUCUUCAAUUUUCUUAUCUUUCUCUUCUUCCUUUUCCUCUUUCUCAUCCUCCGCCUUCUGCUGUUUCUCUUAUAUCACUCAUUUUCGUCAUUUCCUUUCCUUCAUUCCCCUUCUUC